AUGAAGACGCGCGGAAAAAAUUUCGACGUUGUUCAUCACGGAAUGGUACUACUCAGUGAUGGUAAAGGUCGGGGAAGACCUGUACGACUGGAACUCACAAAAGAUGUUCUUAUCAUUCAAAUAACAGCCAAAAGUAGUUUUUUCGAUGAGAUGAAAGAUUCGAUGAUUGAAUUGGAUAAUAGCAUACGAUGUGUUAAAUUACGCAAGAAACAUGAUAGUGGUUUAGGAUUAUCAAUUAAAGGUGGUAAUGAUGAUAAUCAACAAGUUCCAGUUGUUAUUUCAAAGAUUUUUCCAAAUACACCUGCGGAAGAAUGUGGCCAAUUAUACAUUGGUGAUGUGAUCAUUGAAAUAAAUGGACAAUCAACAGAUGGUAAAAGUCAUGAUGAAAUUGUUCAACUUUUAAAGGAUACUGACGAUGAAGUAACACUUAGUGUCAGACAUUAUAUACAAAUUACUCCGUAUUUAAAGCCAGCAGAUUCGCUUAGAUCACAUACCGGAAGUGCAUUUGAUCGUCUGUAUGAACCGAAUACCUGGAAGAAAGUACAAUCAUCGAUUCAUCCCGGUGAUAUAAUCGGUACACGAAGUACUGCCAGUCGAGGUACAACUGAUGAUGCAUCAGAUGAAUGGAAAACCAUGGCAAAAAUUCCAUUACCGAUGGCAUUCAUUACUCGUUACUUAUGGGGUACUGAUAAAUUAAGAAAUAAUGCAUUCGAAGUUCGUGCAGUGGAUGGUUCAUCGACAGGUAUUGUGCAUUGCGAAGAUAAAAAUACUGUGGAACAAUGGAUUAAGCAUAUUCAGAGUCGUAUCACGUCGCUUAAUUAUAAAUCCAUCAAAUUAUCAAAUAAAUAUUUGCAUAAAAAUGAGCAGAUUACAUAUAUCGGUUGGGUAAGUGAACGAUUACCGGAAGAACAUUUCAAAGAUCCACGUCAACGUUGGGAACCUCGAUUUAUCAUCCUGAAGGGUGGCGAACUUUGUAUUUUCGAAUCACCACCACUGAAUUCGGAUGAUUUAAAUAAAUGCGUAUCGUUGUACAAAAUUUACGAUACAGCAUUUAAAGUGAUGGAUCGAGAAAAGCCAGCAUUGGACAAACGUGAUUAUUGUUUUUGGAUUGAAACAUCAAUGAAUGGCAUGAAACAUUAUAUGUCCGUUGAGAAUCAUCAUCAAUUUAAUCAAUUUGAUAUUGCUUAUCAUCGUUGUUUACAUAAUACUGUUAAUAGUUUUCAGACACGAACAUUUGCAUGCAGUUAUCAAGGACGUCCUAGUGGCUUGGUGAUUGAUAUCAAGCAGGGUAUAAGCUUAUAUGAUAUACCCACAAAGAGUUACUCGUGGCAGUAUCGUUUCUGUGAUUUGGAAUCAUCAUCUGAUGAUGGAAAAAUACGAUUACGACUGAUUUUUCGCGAUGCACGAAGUUCAUCGAGUAAUAAUUUAGAAAUUAAGGAUAUUGAUACCGACGAACUUUCAUCCAUUGUAUAUACAAUACAUGCAUUUUAUGUAACCAAAAUUAUUGGAACCGAUCCGGAUUACCUGAAAACUAUUCCACUUUCGUGA